GCCAAAUUCCAUCCUUAUAUAUAGCUGGCCUGCGAGCGCUGCAUAGCGUAACCCGCGGUUCAUUGCCUCCUACACCGUGCAUUCACAACCCAUACCUGAACGCAACCAUGUCCGCCGCAGUUCGCCGCCCAUCGACCACCUCGUCCCCGCACACUGGGGAUGCAUCCAAUAGCCUCCAAUUGUCCAAGAUCGAUGGCAGCAACAACCAGCUCGCGCGCACCGGUCGCGACGAUGAGCUCGAGAAGACGCUCAAGCUGAUGGCCAUCGAAGACCAAGCCCUCGUGUUCGCGUUGGACCAGGAACGCGAGCAGAUGGAAUCCAGCAGAGAGCGUAUCCACCGCAUGAACAAUUUCCGGAUCGACGAGGCGCAUAUCCGUGAAGCCAACAUUGCGGAAUCGCAGUUCCUUGUCGAUGGGCAGAACAACGAACGCAAGUCGCUCGCCGCGGCUGAGGUCGAGGCUGCGGCGGUGCUGAAGGAAGAAGAGAGUGAGAAGCGAAUGCUGGAGAUGUUGACGAGGGAAUUGAGAUCUUUGAAGAUGAGCGUUAGCCAGAAUAACGAGGCGGCUGAGAAGAUUCUUGGAGUCAAGAAAAAGAUUGCUGAGAGGCGGGUGUCCAAUAGCAUGAAGUUGGUGGGCAUUGAAGUCAGACAGGAAAGGGAGAGGAAGGCCUUGCAGGAGACUCAUACGAGGAUAAUGAAGAAUAUGAGCCUCUUCCGAAACAUCCUGCUUCAAGAAAUUGAAGACGCCGACCUUCACAAGAUGGUUACCGAAAGCGGCGAGGCAGAUGGCGAGGGCAACCAAGCCGUUCUCGACAAACAGGAUGCCGACAAGGUGCAUCAAGCCAAGCUUCUGCAACUCAAACUUCGCAUGCAAAAAGAGGUCGAACAACUCCGUGAGGAGCACCUCAUGAGGUUGAAGCACAUCAUGAAGCUCUGUGAAUUGGAGCUCGCGCAGACCGAAGAGACCGAGACGCUCAUCGCCGAGCAAAAGAUCCAAGAACUGGAGCUGGAAGUCGAGCAAAAGAAGGAGAUGGAAAGCGAGGAAGACCAGAUCGCCCAACAGCGCGCGAGCCUGAAGGCUUUCCAAACCCAGCGGCACUUGCAAGUCAAAGCAACCAGGACUCUCGCCCAGCAGCGGUACGAAGCUCGCCAGCUUGCUCGCCAACAGAAGCUUGCGGCCAAGAACCGUGAGAGGCAGUUCAUUGCGCAAGAAGAGCAGUUGAGCGAGAGCCUGAAAGCCAUGGACGAUGAUGAAGAUAACGAGGAGGGCUCACAGCCCGGCACCAAUCCCGAGAGCGGCGACGCUGGCGCGCGAAAGAUGGUCGCUCUUCAGUCGGCUCGUAGAGGAGGCCCCGCUUCGGAGAUCAGCGCCGGCGAGAGCGCCUACGCGGACAGUGAGAUCUCGGACAUGCCCAGCGAAGCCCACACCGAGUUGCUCGAUGACGAAGGCGAGGCCAUCACCUCUACCGAAGCCGAGAACAUGGAAGCCGAGGAUAACAUGCGGAAAGAAAGGUCCCGCAUCGAACAACUCGUGCAGCGACAAAAGCAGGCCCUCGAGACGGCACGCACCCAACACCGCGAGAUGCGCGAGGCCCUCAAGCGCGAGAACCAACAACAGAAGAACGCCUUGCACGCUGAGCAAGAGGAGGAGUACAAGCAGCUGAAGGUUCAGCACCACAAGGAAACCGAAGCGUUGCUCAACACCCAGAGCGCGGCCAACGCACUCGAAGACGACAACAAGGGAGCCAACGAGCUGCUCUACGGCAUGCUGCCCCGUUACGUCGCGGACGCCAUGAAGAUUGGCGCUGAAGUGCCCCCCAAGGACUUUGACUGCGUGACGAUCAUGUUUGUGGACAUUGUCCAGUUCACCAACCUCACCUCGCGCUCGUCGCCCGACCAGAUCGUCAACCUCCUCAACCGCCUCUACACGGCCUUCGACGCUGCUCUGGACAACUACACCGAUCUGUACAAGACCGAGACUAUCGGUGACGCCUACCAGAUCGUUUCCGGCCUGAACAUCGACGCCGAGGCGCACACACCCGAAGAGCGUGCGGCCGUCACCAAGCGCAACGCGGUAGACAUGGUCGACUGCGCGGUCAGGUUCAUCGAAGACGUCAGGAACCUCGAUAUGUCCGACCAAGUCCAGCGCGAGCUGCACAUCCGGAUCGGCGUGCACUCCGGCCCGUGCAUCGGCGGCGUCGCCGGCGUCAAGAUGCCCAAGUUCGCCAUCUUUGGCGACUCGGCUAGCGUCGCUGGCCAGAUGGAGCAGAAAUCCGCGCCCAACAAAAUUCACAUCAGCCAGGCGACCUACGAGUUCAUCGCUGAUGGUCCGUACAUUACGCAGAAGAAUGGCGAGGGGAUCAAGCUUGAGGGUGGACAGGAGCUGCAGACGUAUUGGGUUUCGGGGAAGAAACACGGGCAGCAGGAGUCUGCGCACAGACAUUCCAGUGUACCGAAGAAAAAGGCGCACAGGGUGACCAUGAAAUAAGAUGGCAUUUCAUGGCUUGCAGAGCAGACAUCUUUUUUUCCUGAGCA